AUGUAUAAGCCGCUGGUUACUGUAAAGGAAGGUAAAAUACGAGGUGUUGUCGUUAAAAGUGUUUUAGGCCCUUCUUACAUCGCUUUUCAUGAGAUACCUUUCGCGGCAUCUCCCACUGGAAAACUCAGAUUCAAGGAUCCACUACCACCUGCACUAUGGACGGGUAUAAGAAACGCCACCGUGUGUACCGGGAAAAUUUGUACACAAGCAGUAGACUAUCCACCUUACAAUAUUAUCGGAGAAGAGGAUUGUCUUUAUCUCAAUGUUUAUACAAAUUCUCUUAGUCAAUCAAAGCCAGUCAUGUUUUGGAUUCAUGGCGGCGGAUUCGUAGCAGGAACUGCAAGUUACAGACUGAUAAGGCCUGACUACUUACUUGAGAAAGACGUCGUCAUAGUCGCAGCUAAUUAUAGAUUGGGAGCAUUCGGUUUCUUGAAUUUGGGGCAUCGAGACGCGCCCGGAAACCAGGGCCUAAAAGACCUAAUUGUAGCUUUGCAAUGGGUCAAACAGAAUAUUGCCAAAUUUGGAGGCGACCCUAACAAUGUCACGAUUUUCGGCCAGAGCGCUGGAGGUGUAUUAGCUCAUGCUUUAACUGUAUCGCCAAAAGCAAAAGGACUCUUUCAUAAAACGAUCUUACAAAGUGGAUUCUUGACGUGUCCCUGGGGUUUCGACCAAAGUCGUCCAGAGCGCGGUUUCAAGCUUGCGUCACUUCUUGGAAUAAAGUCAACGGACCCCGAGGAAGUUGUCGAAAUGCUGCGAAAGCUGUCCGAUAAGGAUAUCACCAAAGCUACUUCUUCCAUUCUCACUGAACAGGAAAUGAAUAUCUUUAACAUGCCGUUUGGCGUGAAUUAUGACGAAAUAGCCGAAAAUCCCGUUUUACCAGCACCGAUCGAACAAUUAUGGUCGAACGAUAUUAAUAUUCCCAUUAUGAGCGGACUUGUGUCGUACGAAGGCAUUAUGUUUUUCUAUGAGCAAGGAAUAGACGCGAUCAAAACUUAUAAUUAUUAUCUGCCCGAGUACGUAAAAAUCUUAGGGGAUUUGAAAAACUUAGGACCAACGGAGAUCGAAGAAUUAUUCCAGUGCAUCAAGGAUCGAUAUUUCAAUGGGAAGCCAAUUACCACGGACAAACUACUCAGAUUUAUGCACUUCAUAACAGAUAUUUAUUUCGGAAUCCCGUUGAAAUUAUACAUCGAGGAUCGCGUGAAGAGAACGUCCACGCCCAAUUACGUCUAUAGGUUUUCGUAUUUUGGGAAAGAGAGAACGUUCACGGAUCUUCGGAUAAAACGUCAUAUCAAAGGAGCAUCUCACAUGGACGAACUGGCAUAUUUGUUUUACUCGCCUCUUUGCAAAGCCGAAAACCCUGAACCGCCUGCAAGUGGCACAACAGACAGAAUUAUAAUUGAACGUCUAACCACGUUGUGGACCAACUUUGCUAAAACAGGAAAUCCAACUCCAUCCGACGAUAACGUUAUCAAGACUAGUUGGAAAUCCACGACGAAGGAUGAGUUCCAUUACUUAGCAAUCGAUGAAGAGCUUGAGUUAUUAACCAAGAAAUCGGAUCUAUCAGUAAAUUUAGUAAACAAUCUCGACCAUUUCACAGUGAAAACAGAUUUCAGAGAUAAGUAAUUACGCGAAACGCUCGUAAGAUUAUAUGCUAAUGGUGAUAAAACUACGGCUCUUCUAGACCCUUACUGCGGCUCCAGUAUACUUACACAAUUUGUUGAAUCGUUCACAAUUAACAAAUCGACAUAACGCAAUUAAUACAGUGGGCAAUUACUGAAUACGAAUUGAAUUUUAAACAAUUAGCGUCACGAUUACAAAUUUACAACCUUCUACCAGCACAAGUAA